GCGACCAAAGCAAAAAACAAAAACAAAAGCAACACGCUCCGCUCCUAAGAAAAGAGGUUAUGGCGGAAACUCGGUGUUUGCCAAUAAUCGAAGAAGAAGAAAUAGAAGUAGACGAUGACUUCUACGAGAACAUGGAAGCGCCCAAGUUCGUGGACCUCACCGCACCCGAUUCUCGCCGCCCCGACGAUGACCGACACUGGUUCUGCUUCCGCGUUGGAUGUGACCAAAAGCACGAGCAAGAAUUGGACUCGGAGGCUAUUUACAACAACUUUGUUCUUCGGGUUAUGGCUGCUAGAAGUCCCAAUGUACGACUCAGAAAAGCUUUGAAUAGAAGAGAAGCAAGUGCAAAUUUGAAGUGUCCCCAAACAGCUCCUGCAAAGUCAAGGGUGUCAAGGAUGAACUAUAUUUCCUCGCUGUCACACAAGAUGACCGACAACAAUGUGAAAAAGAAACCCCUUCCCAAGGUUGCAGCAACCCCGAAUGCUAGGGUGAAACAACCACCUUCGGUGACCAAGGCCUUGACUACUCCGAGGAAUCAUCAGAAGAAGGUUUCCAACGUGGAACAAUUUAGAAGUGUUCAGAGCAAGAAAGCCUUGACUGUCGGUGUGCCUAAGAGCAAAGUGGUGGCUAAGGCUCUUGUUUUUCACUCACCUAAGAAGGUGGUGAAGAUCAAGAGUUCUAUAGAAUUGAAAACACCAAUGAGAGCACUGUGUUCAGCAAUGAGGAAGCUUGAACUCAAUGGAGUGAAGAAGAAUGGAGAAGGAAGUAGCAACUUGUCAGUGACUAACUCCAAAAAGCAAUUGAAGGGGCGAGAGGUUAAAAGCCGUGUGUUUGAUUCCUUGUAUUCUAAUAAUCGCAAGGAACCGGAAACUAACACUGCGACAAGUUUGAAAGAGAAGAAAGUGAAAAAAGAAGGCAUGCAGAAACGCCAGGUUACUGUGAAUAGUGAGAAUGACUCUAGUGAUAUGGAGAUGGAUGAGAAAUCAAGGUGUGCCUCACUAGAAAGAUGCCAUGAAUCAACUUCAGGAAAUGGGAGUGAACUUUCUCUAGGAGAUGAAAAAUCCCAAGAAGCAACAAGAGGAGAGAGUUCAGUUCUAGUUUUGAAAGAAGCUUCUAGAGAUGACAUUACCUUACUGUCUAGUUGCAAAAAUGAAGAGAACAAGAGUACAGAAAGGAGUGAAAAUGAAGAGAGUGGGAAAUCAGUUUCAGAUAAGGGAAAAGUUUCGUCAGUCAGGAAGAGAAAGGCUGAAGAAAAUUCAUUGGCUUCUGAUGACAAAGAAAAUGAGACGCAAUUCAUUGAGAACGUUGACAGGGAAAAUGCUUCAGCCCCUCAUGAAAACAUAGUGACGAAUACUAAUAAUGAUAACCGGCAAAAGGCUAUGCUUGGGAGCAACCAUGAGGAUUCAAGAAAAACACAUAAGAAAUCUACAUCGACCUCAACUGUUUCUCAAGUAAUAAAGUACAGAAAAUUAAAGACCACAAAUCCUAAGCCGUUUAAGUUGAGAACUGAUGAAAGGGGAAUUCUUAAAGAAGCUAACCUGGAUAGAAAAAUUCCCUCGCCUUUGAAAGAAACCACAGUUAAAGGUAGUGGCAAGGCUAUGAGGAAACAUCACAAUGCAAACCGAAAAAGUGAAACUUGUUCCACAAAAAGUGAACAAGACACUGAUAAUUAUAGCAGCUGUGAUGAGAAAACAAACCAAACAACACAAGAAAACCAAUCUGGGAGCAUUCAAAGUGACAACUCCAACUGCAAGGUGCAACGCAAAUUAUCUGCUACAACACCUCAUAGAAAUCCUCCUUGUUCUAAACUUCAGAAACCGGUUGAUGAGAAAGACACUCUAAAAAGAAAAUCCCAAAUGAUGCAGCCUAAAAUUAUAAGGCCUCGAAGUGCCUUGGCAAGGAAGAAGGAAAAAGUUGUCAUUGCAACAAAACUUAGUGUUAUUAUUGAAAAGCCAAAAGAAGCAGCAAAGACAGGUUCAUCACCACUUACAAGUAAAACUACGGGUUCCACUCAUAAUAGGCCUUGCUCACGGGGAAGGAGGGCCUUAACUGUUCCCAAGGAACCAAAAUUUCAGAGUCUACAUGUGCCAAAGGGAUGCACCACAAGGAAACUCACUUAGGAGCUCUAUUGUUUAAUUUCAUUUUUAUUUUUUAUUAUUUUUUUAAGGGGGCCGGGGGGACGGUUGUUCAAUAUCAUCAUUGAAUUUUUAGCGGCUUUGGUAAAAUCGAUCAUGUAUAAUAAGGUGUAUUGUUGUAUGUAACUUGCUAGUUUUGUCUAGACUGUAUUGGCUUCUGUUUGAUUUGAUUAUUUUUUUAUUUGUAAAUGUAUAAUUUGGUUAACGUGGCAUUUUUACUAUGACAAUGAAGAGAACUUUUUGAUUUGUA